AUGGCCACUGCUACUACCAGCAGCACCACUGCCGCUGCCACCGCCCCGAGCAUUAUCACGAGGCAACAACAACUUCAACAACUUCAACCGGUCCUGCGUACAGAACGCCUGGUGCUUCGGCCACUAGGGCCCGAGCACUUCGAAUACACCAGGCAGCUUGACUUUGACCCAGACGUCAUGCGAUAUGUGCUCACCGGGAAGCCACUUACACCAGAGCAGGCCGUUGAGGUGCACCAGUGGCUGAUGGAUGCAGCGAAGCCUGUCCCCGGCCUCGGCUGUUGGGUCGGGUUCAUCGAUGAAGACUUUGUCGGAUGGUGGGUCCUUGCACCAUCUCAGACAAACCUAGGAGAGGACGGACCGGCGAAAUACAACCCUGAACGAGCAGAAUUCGGAUGGAGGCUCCUGCCUAGGUUUUGGCGAAAGGGGUAUGCAAAGGAAGGGUCGCGCGAGCUGUUGAGGCACGCGUUCCAAGACCUUGGCCUGAACGAGGUCGCCGGGGACACGAUGGCGAUCAACGUGGCCUCUCGAGCCACGAUGGCGUCCUGCGGUCUGAAACAGGUUCGGACUUUCUAUAACCAGUAUGAUGAUCCUAUCCCCGGCAUCGAAGAGGGCGAGGUGGAAUAUCGAAUCACCAGGGAUGAAUGGCUGGCUCUGCAACGUCCUGUACACCGCCAGCUUGGUCACCUUUAG